AUGGCCUAUGUCCAGGUCCUUGAUACUGCUCUGGAAGCAGGCUGCACGUUCUGGGACACUGCGGAUAUAUACACCGGCUCUGAGGAGGCCGUCGGAAAAUGGUUCGCGAAGACCGGGAAACGCAAGGAUGUAUUUCUCGCCACAAAGUUCGGCUUCGUCAUGCGUCAGAAGACCGAAGGAGGCCACGGCGGAUUCGGUAUAGACGGUAGUCCAGGUUAUGUUCGCGAGGCAUGCGAGCGCUCCCUCAAGAAACUGGGCACCGAAUACAUCGACCUGUACUAUCUACAUAGGGCGGACCCGAACACUCCCAUCGAACACACCGUCAGUGCGAUGGCAGAGCUGGUCAAGGAGGGCAAAAUCAAGUACAUUGGCUUAUCCGAAGUUUCCGCUCAGACGCUGCGUCGUGCUCAUGCCGUGCACCCUAUCACCGCAGUUCAAGUCGAGUACUCCCCCUUCACUCUGGACAUCGAAAGCCCGGAGAUUGGACUGUUGCAGACCUGCCGCGAACUGGGCGUCAAAGUCGUCGCCUACUCGCCGCUGGGACGUGGGCUCUUGACCGGGACAAUUAAAUCUCCCGAAGACAUCACCGAUCCCUUCAAGAGGGCGGCUCCCAAGUACAGCGCGGAGAAUUUCCCCAAGACGCUUAAGCUGAUCAAUGAACUGGAAGCCAUUGGAACGAAGUACAAUGCGUCCGCUGGGCAGGUUGCACUUGCCUGGAUCAUGGCGCAGGGCGAAGAUAUCAUUCCAAUCCCUUGCACUACCAAAGUUCAGAAUCUAAAGCACAACCUCGCCGCUCGUGACUUGGUGCUCAGUCCUGAAGAUGUUUUCACCAUCCGCAAGUACGCGGAGGAGAUAGAUGUAGCCCUGCGCGGUGUCGCUCGGUAUCCUCCAGGCAUCCAGGAGAUGCUUUUCAGCGAGACGCCACAGCUGUGA